AUUGAGCAAUCUUCUUUUUCCUGCACUGUCUGUGUAUAACUGUGUUUCAUUCUCAAGUUUCUACUUCUGCUUGGAGGGUCAGGGUAAUGAAGAGAAAAUGUACGUAAUAACCCGAAGCUGUGUCCUUUUUUUGUUGAUGCAUACACUGACCUUUGUGAAAAGUCAAGAGUGUACACUUAAACAGUUUUUAGAGGGCCCCCUGUAUGAUUCAAAUUUUGACACAAGUGAUCUGGAGGCCAGCUACCCUGGCGGAAGACAAGUGAGAGUGAACUGCGUUGUUGGCUACAGUGGCUUUUACAGAAUCCUCUGUGUUGAGGGACAAUGGCAGCCUAAGGGCAAUAAAUGUCAACCAAAAUCAUGUGGUCAUCCUGGCGAUGCCCAGUUUGCAGAUUUUCAUCUGGAUAAGGGAGAGGAUUUUGUCUUUGGGUCAAAAGUUGUAUACACCUGCCACAAAGGUUAUCAAAUGGUCAGUCGCACAAACUACCGGAAUUGCAUGGCUGGAGGCUGGAAUGGUGUUGUUCCUGUCUGUGAAGCCCAACAGUGCCCAGUGAUUCAUGUGGCCAAUAAUGUCCAGGUGAUUGGGGACCCAGAGGAAGCAACCUAUGGCAAUGUAAUUCGAUUUAGCUGCAAGUCCAACAGUGACAUGCUGAUUGGGACUCGUGAGAUGUACUGUGAUGAAACUGGAGAGUGGAUUGGCAAAGUUCCUAUAUGCCAAGCAAUAGAAUGUAAAGUACCAGAUAUUGAAAAUGGUUUUGUGACUGGAGAUAAGCAAGUGUACAAGGAACAAGAAAUCCUGCAUUUUGAGUGCAAUCGUUACUACAAACGCACUGAAGGGAGAUCUUCAAAAUGCACAAAAGUAGGAACAGGAGCAGAGUGGACCCCUGCACCUAUGUGUGAAGCAAUAAAAUGUCAACUGAACCUGCCACCAAUCGAAGGAACCACGUAUGAACCUCCUGGCAGAAGUCUGUUUUCACCUGGUGACGAAAUAACAGUCAGAUGUACAGAGAAGUUCUGGAUUUUUAACCUUCGGGACACCUCAGUAAGAACUGAAUGCGAUGAAUUUGGAGAAUGGACUAUCACACCGGUAUGCAAAGAGGUUAUAUGCGACAAAUAUGAUCCACUUGUGACUUCCUGGAGAAAAUACUGGACCCAAGUAAAAUUGCAUGAGACUACAGGUUAUACGUGUAGGCGAGGCUACAAGGGGACAGAUGGCACCAACGUGGCCACAUGCACCAGAGAUCGGUGGAGUCCAAAUCCACUUUGUCAAGAAAUAAUAUGCUUCAGACAGGCUAUCGAUAAUGCAGAUUUUGUCGACAAACGUAAGAGGGAAUACAAAAACAAUGAACGGAUUAAUUAUGCCUGCACAGAGGGUUUUAAAGGAAAUCCUUCCCGAAUUUGCACGGAAAAUGGUUGGAUCGGGGAUUCAGAAUGUACAGAAAUAACAUGCAUCAGAGAGGCUAUCGAUAAUGCAGAUUUUGACAACAAGCACAAGUGGGAAUACAAAUACAAUGAGCGGAUCAAUUAUGCCUGCACAGAAGGUUAUAAAGGAAGUCCUCACCGAAUUUGCAAGGCAAAUGGUUGGACUGGGAAAUCAAAAUGUACAGCAAUUUUAUGCAACAAAGAAUAUUAUGACUUUGCAGUCAUUAAGGGAAACGGUAAAUACAAAUACAAAUACAAUGAACAGGCUGAGUAUACCUGCAACAGUGGGGGAGGUUUUACUCGAACUUGUGGGGCAUCAGGUUGGAAUGGGGAAAAAGCUUGUUCAGCAUGUCCAAAAGCUGAAAUUCAGAAUGGAUUUGUAAUUGGCCCAUUCGAUGGCAUUGUGUACUACACCUGCACUACAGGUUAUAAGCUUUUCACAAAAAGCUGGUGGGGUGCCGCCCAAUGUAAUGGCCAAGUGUGGUCUGGACUUGCGUCAGAACGAUGCAUCGAGGAAACAAAAUGUGGAAAAAUUCCAGUGAUUCCUAAUGGGGAAGUGAGAGAUCAACUUCAACAUUAUGGUUAUAGACAAAAUGAAAGGGUCGAGAUUACAUGUAACGAAGGAUACCGGCCUCGUUUUGACAUCUUAACUUGUAAUGAGGGACAAUGGCGUUCGGCUGCAUCAUCACUCGAAACAAUCUGUGAACCGUUGCAAAACUGCAGUCUCCCACCCAAAGUUGAGAAUUCAGUUGUGACUUCAUAUAAAGAGAACUUUGAAGUCACUUAUGAGUGCCGUACAGGUUAUAGAAUGGAGGGACAGCAUACACUUCAAUGUGUAAAUGAAGAAUGGGACCACAACAUUACAUGUACAAAAGCUCCCGCCGAUCAUACAGCUCCUGCAGAUAAAGCAGCUCCCGCCAAUGAUGCAGCUCCUGCAGAUAAAGCAGAUAAAGCAGCUCCCGCCGAUGAUGCAGCUCCUGCAGAUAAAGCAGAUAAAGCAGCUCCCGCCGAUGAUGCAGCUCCUGCAGAUACAGCAGCUCCUGCAGCUCCCGCCGAUGAUGCAGCUCCUGCAGUUAAUGCUGAUGGUCUGAAGGACUCUUAGUAAAAAUGCUGAACUUUUCUAUGAUCUUUUUGCAUCAAUUGUUUGGGAAGAACACAAAGACAACAUUUGCCAUGUGCAUUAUUCAUAAUGAUGUAAUAUCUUAAAUGUCAUACAUGAUCCUAAUACAUAUGAUUGUUGGAAAGAGCAACACUGAAUGAUUGAAUCAAUUGUUUGUAUGAUAGUGUGAUCUGAAAUGAUGAAGCUCUGGCAUAUUGAAUGAAAGAUGAGAAAAAUGCUUUGUUUGGUGUUUCUAUUUGUAUAAUGACUAAAUACAGUAUAUGGAGUCUA